GCGCGCUGGCCCGACAUAACGGCGCGAGUGACGACGCCGCGCGCACGUGAAGCCUGUGCCUGCGCCGCGAGUGACACGCGUGUGAACAUCAUACUUACGACAAAGUGACUGUGCCUGUGAAUGCUCUACCAUACCCGAGGCUCUGAGGUGCUUGUUUAGCAGUGUUUGUAUUGUGGAGACCAGCUCCAUCCUCAGGUGCUUUCCCAGGAGUUACACAAAACUGUGCCAAGCAUCGGGUUACGACCGCCACGCGACUCGCUACGUGACCGACAAACGGAUCGUUAAAGAUGCGUGUAUAAGCGGUGCAGCUUAGCUUGGCAUGGGCCAGGCGGGCAGCCACGCGCCGCCGCCGCAGCGCGGGCGUCGGGCGCACACGCUGCCUCACGACCCGCCGCGACUUGCGCCUAAGGUGCUACCAACGCUAUGCGAGUCGCCGCGACUGCGCAGUACGGACAAUGGCGCGAUCCUGCACUCGGGCGGCACCAUCAGCGGCCGGCGACCCAACACCAUACACGAUAAUGUGCCGCAUGGACAUGUGCACGCGAACGUGUACCGGUCGCGGUCGGCGGGGACCUCGGGGGAGAACGCUGACAUACGCACCAGAGAGAGAGAUCCCCUGCAUCGGUCACACACCAACUUGGAGCUACGACAUGAUGGGAGCAGUAUGAACAAGCGAUUCGGGUCUGAACCAGACCUGAGGAUAGAAGAAGAACAGAAAACGAGAAAUGGAAACAAACACUUUCGAAAAAAAUACAGAGCACCCCCACCACCCACCAAUGACAACUUCGAGGGUUCAUCGCCAGAUUCCAGCGAAGGGAACGCGAGACUUGAACCCCAGAGGAAACUAAGACUGUUCAAAACGAGAAACGAAACCAAAAAACUGAACGGCCAGGAAAACUUGCAGUUCAGAAACUCAUAUCACGAAUACAAGUCACUCGACAUGACCGACAACGCGGCGUUCGAGAGACGAUACAGAUCGCCUUGCAAGGACAAGGAGCAACACUUAAAAUACCCUGACAACAAGGACAUGGUGCAGAGCACCGCCUCUCUCAAGAGGGAGGAACGACUCAUACAAACGAAACAAGACUACAGGAAGACGAGGAUAGACAGGAUGAGCGGCUGUCGAGCGAAGACAUCCAAGAACGAACACAGUGAAGCGUGGAAGACUCCACUACUAAACAGGAAUUUCAGGUACUCCGAGAGGUUCAAGAAAGAUGACAACGAACUGCCCGCGCUCAGGAGAGAGAGGACAUUCGAUGAAACAUUAAUCGCCAGCGAGAGGGAGAGCGAGUCCUCCCGAGCAGCGCACGAGGGCAGGAUGAAGGCCAUCGCGGAACAGCUGAGGGGGGGCAAGCCCACCCCCCUGGCGGAGACCAACAAGCCGUUGAGAAAAUCUCUUCCUUCACUAUUGGCAAAAAAUAAUGAAGAAAAAGAUGAAUUUCAAGCAGAACUUAAGAAGGCUACGAGUAGAAUUAGAAAUCAAUUAGGCAGUAAAGUUAAUGAUAGUGAAACCAAAACUAGUCAAGAGAAGAACGAUUUGAGGAGCCCAACGAAAAUACCGAGUAAAGUGAAAAAGUCUAGUCCAAGUGUUGCCACCAAAACUGAAGCGAAGGUUGUCAGUAGACGGCCCUUCAGUCGGACGAACGAGGACAAAGCUAGACAGACAAGUAACGUUGUUAGUGCUAAGAAAUUGGACAAUAAGUAUAAGGCGAGCAGUAAGGAGAACAGCCGACCGAUGCCGGACAGAGGGCAGGCGUCUGGGAAGGAGUCCACUCCUGAACACUCACCCACUAGGAAGUUGGAAUCACUGCUCAAAUCAAACCAAUCAUCGCAAGAAAAACAAAAGCAGGCAGCUCCAUCGAAACAGUUCUACUUCGGCAUGAUAGAGAGUAAACAGACAGACACGAACGAUCACCUGAAGGACUUCCCCGGGCUCGGCAGCCCCAUCAUCGAGGAGAUCUCCAACUUCCACCUGAUUGAACAGAAACUGCUCAACUAUCAGGAGGACGAGUCGGAGUUUGAUAAGUUCAAUGAGAAGCUGAAGGAGGAGAGCAAGACUAAGAAUUUAUCAUCCGAGUCAGCGUUAUCAUCAGGCGGGUCGGUGGAGUCGGACAGUUCGCUGGGCAUAGCCCUGCGGCUGCGGCCCACGCUGCCCAAGAAGCAGCGCUGUGUGCCGCGCUUCUCGCCGGCUGCUGCGUGGAGACAGUUGGCUUGCCUGGAUGAUCAUCUCGCUGCAGAGACGCAACCACUAGCAGUAGAGACGAAGAUGACAGGAGACAUAUCGGCGGAGUCAUCGCCCCGGUCGGACCAGUCGGCCGACAAGUCGGGAGACUCGGGUAUAUCGGGCGACCACAUGCACUCCGAUCACAGGCUAGACUCGCCUCCAACACACCAUGUACACACACAAGACUCAGGCCCAGCCGCCUGGACCCCUCAGCAAGACCUGGGCGACAGCAGCUCGGAUGGCGCUGGUGGAGCCCCUGCACUUCUGGGCUCGGGGCUCGCCACCUACAGCCCCGGGCACCAGCCCUUCAGCCUGUCCCUGCCCAGGGACCAGGACCGGGGUAAGCAGUUGCAGCAAGGCUUCAACAGUCUCCAAAAACUUCGGAAGUCGGUGUCUGGAGCGUUAGGGGCGGCUCUGGGUUCUAGAAGGUUCGAUUUGGAACAUGAGCCGAUGUUGGAAGAGCCGGAGCAGAACUGGUUCCUGACGAAGUCAGCUCCCAACUCCUUGAGCAAUCCCCUACUGUUCCAACAGCCGGCGAGGGCGGAGGGAUCCGAAGAAGAUGCUAUUAAAGAGGAGUCUUUGCCAGCUUCGGAAAAGGAGGAGCUAGGCACGUGGCGGGCCGGUACAUCAUACCUGUCGUGGGGCGGUCACGUCAUGUACCUGCCUCCUGCACCUGCUGCAGAACAACCGCUGUCCAUGCUCGGACCUAUUGAUAGGCCCGUCAGGAGCAAAUCGAGCGGGUGUUUGGAAGCGUCGGCGCGCGCGGCACGGGCGGGGCUGUGCGCGGAGAUGCGCGAGCGAGAGCGCUCCGCCUCGCCCGACCUCGCGCGGGCCCUUCCUGCUAGAGUACUGCCCGCUAACACUCGCUCAUCGCAAGCAGCAGGCCGUGGCAAGCGCUUCACGUUCCAGUCGACUGUCAGACAGUUGGAGCGACGACGCCUGGCUGAGAAGCUGUCCAAAGAGGCUGACUUGAAGGAGCAGCAGAGAAGAACAGAACUGGAGGCCAUGAGGAGAGUGGAGGAGGAGUUCCAGCGCAAGCGCGCGCGGGAGAAGGCGAACAUCAGACAACAGCUGCGCCUCGUCAGCGGCGCCAACAGCAUGCCCACGCCACCGCCGCAACAUAAUAAGUCUCGCGACUCCCCGGACGGAUCGUGCCGCGCGUCGCCGGCGCCUGAGCGGGUGCGCGACUCCCAGCGGCACAGCAACGCCUCGUCCGAGAUCAGCGCCCGCAGCAAGAGUACUACUCCUAUCCGCAGCGUGGAGCUGUCGGCGUGGCGCACGGGCUGCCCGGCGCGCGUGUACCGCGACUGGGCGGCGGCGCGCGAGCACCCGCCCGCCUGCGCGCACAUGCCCAAAGCCACGCACACUAUAUACAACGGUACUGCCGGGUCCGGCGAAGCCUUCAGCGGCAGCCCUCGCUCGGACAACUACCGGCUGGAGUUCGCGCGCGGGCGCCCGCCCUCCCCGCGCGCCGCGUCGCCGCGCACGCCGCGCGCGCCGCGCCUGCUGCGCGUGCGGCAGCCGUCCUCGUCGGGCUCCGACCUGUCACUCAGGCAGCCUAUUAAGAUCAGUGAACCUACGAAAGAGGAGACGGAACCCGAGGAGCCCGCGAUCGUCCCAACGCUCCGCCCCGCCGGACCCCCGCGGACACCACUACUCACUCACUGACACACACUCACUCGCUCACACAGAGUCACUCACACAUAGCGUCACUCACCUACACAUAGUGUCACUCACUCACACAUAAUGUUACUCACUUACACCGACACACAGUCUACAAGCAUCUGUUUAUAAUGAUGUCGGUGGGAUCUAGUUGCAACAAUGGUCACUAAGUAUUAACAACCACAAAAUAUAAUAAAUAAUUGUUUUGUAAUGUGUUUUGUCCCUUUCAAUUUAAAACGAGGUCAAGUUUUUGUUUAAAAUAUGUUUUGUGGUAAUUUAUAUUUAGUUGUCAACAUUGCAACCAGAUUUAAUAGGCGUUAUUAGAAGCGUCCGAAGAACGUGUGUACAAUCAGUGUCACUUACAGUGACAUUCAUUGACGAUGAUAUAAUUAAGAACUUAAGCAUAAACUUGUAUAUGUUGAACUGUAAUCUAUGUAAACAUCUAUUUAUUUAACUUGAAUUCUUUUUAGGAGUUUGUUACCUGAUAUAUUGGUUUGAGUUUAAAUAGGACUUCGAGAGAUGGCCAGCGUAAGUGCCAACUCAAAAAUAUUUGGUAUAAAAAUUAAGAUAAAUAAAUAAAUGAAAAGAAACCCUUUUAUAAAUGAGUUUUGGAACUAAUUAUGGGCACGAAGGUGGUCGAAUGUCCGGUUUUCAGUGGUAGCCGGAACGGGUGUGUAUGUAGGUGGGUCACGCGAACUCUUGCUGAAAUUUGGGUCGGCCAAGCUUUGUGCUAUUCUUAUUUACCCUUUACUUUUCUUACUUGUUGACCCACUGUAGAAAAGUCAAACUAUCUGGAAAAUAGCACCUAUAAUUGUUUAAGUGGCUCUUUUUUAUGAUACUUACUGAAAAACAUAACCAGCCAGUUCGUGUGACUUGAUUUUUCAUAAGACAAGAAAACUUUAGAAAUUGUUUCAGCAGGGUUUCAAUUUGAAAAUUACAUUAAAGAAAACGGAAAAGCUUGUAAACAGAGAAUUGUUAAUUUAGCAACACAGUAUUGUGAAGAUAUUGACUCCGAAGAGUGCUUUAAUUCGCAUCAGUUAUGUACUUAAUCUAUGUAAAUCUUUGUACUGUAUUUAAUCAAGUUUAGUUGUUAUAUGUCAAGCUGUAUUCACAAGAAGAAAGAAUCUUAAAUAUUUUUUUUUUUCAAAGAAAAAUAAUGUAAUUUCUGGUUUUCCAUAUAUAAUCAUUUAAUAACUAUCUUUUUGUGAAAACAGUUUCUACGUUAUAAUUCCAAUAGUUAUGGUCUUCCAUUGUAAGCUAAAUACUGAAGCUUUAAUAUAGACUUAACCCUAGACUUAUUGCGGUGCUUUUUUACGUCAAACUGUAGAGUGACGUUACAAUGUCAACGUCACACUACAGCUAAACGUCAUUGUAUUAGGUGCUGAAUUAUACCGAGUUUUAUACACAGUCAUAUUAAUAUUAUCAUGUGAGUUUCUGUUACAAUUACAAUGAAAAUAUCGCGAUGUAUACAAACAAAUUUCCCAAUAAACGCCCUAUAUUGUGUCCCCUAAUUGAGACUUCCCCUCGUCAUAACCUUUAGGAAAGCUGAUAGUCCAUUUCCUAUAGUUCACGGGUAGAAUGGACCGGGGUGCGCCGUGACCGGGUUAACCACGGCUGAUCGAUUGUCGCAACCAUGUUUUUAUGACGUUAAAAAUAAUAUUGGGCGGUUCUCAUUGUAAUAAUUUCAUUGUUAACAGCCCUAUAAAAUUAUUAUUAUAUUUAUAGUUGUGGGAAGGACUGUUUGAAAAGGACUCGCGGUAUUUAAAAACAAAUAAUGAAAUACUAGAUGAAUAGGUGAAAUGUCAACUUUGCCGACGUAACCCUUGUAAAAAAUCAGAGAAAAUUAUGUAUGCCCAUGACAUUAACACGAAAUUGAAAUAAUGAGGAAAACGUGCAUGAUAAAGACUAACUCGUUGAGGAAAAAUAAAUCUACUUUUAAGAAACUCACUUAAAUAAGUUAUAUUUGUUUAUUAUUUAUCAUACAUACAGCCCCAUAUUAUACCUAAUGUUGUGUAUCAUUUAUUCAUUUUUAAUUAAACGAUAAAUAUAAUAUACAACACAAGAAGUAUUUUAUUUAUAAGAAAUGAAAUUAUGAAUUUAAUAUAAAACGGCUCAAUUGUAUAUAACUUAAACUUAAGCGUUAUUAAUAUUGUGUUUGUGUAUCUGUAUUCAAAAUAUACACUUGAUUGCUGAAAUAUUUAUAGUAAUAAUUUCUGCAAUUUUUAAAGGUAAUGUCUAUACCUACAUUUCCCGGGAAAAGCAUGAAAUAUUACUAUAAACAUUGAGCGUCAUAUAGACUUAAAUUUGUAACAUAGAUAAGCAUAUACAUAGGUGCAUUGUAUUGUAUAUAAUAAGCUAAAGUUCGGUGCGUGUACAUAACUAGAGUAGGAUGUAAACCCUGUAUCUACGAGUAAUAAAGAUUUGUAUAACGAUUUUA